ACCUGCGCUUCUGACAGAUGUUAGAGAGAUUUCCUUUACAAAAUAAAUAAUUUUAUUUUUACACUUUACAAAAUAAAUAAUAGAAUAAAUAUUAUAGCUUUUAAAAUUUAAAAUCAAUUAUUCUAAUAACUUACUUAACAACUUGUUUGUAUAAAUACGGAUUAUUACGAAAUAAAUUAAAGUUAAUGUUUUCAUUGGAAUCAUGAUCAUAGUGGUUUAGUAAAUUCAUUAUAAUACUAUUUGAUUAACCGUUCCUGAUGCAACAAAUACUUGGCAUGUAUAGUGUGAUCAUUAAUUGUAAUUCUGAAAAGACAUGGAACCACUUACAGAAACAUCAAAGCUACUUCAUGAUACCAAAACAAUGGUAUCACCAUCGCCUUCAAGCAGUAAAGAUCCCAAAAUUGAAUUAAAACUAAUUCCAUCAAUGAUGCCUUCACCUAAGGGAGUGGAGAAUGCUAAAAAACGUCUCAGAGCAUUUUCCAUUCAGAAGAAGUCACCAUUAACACCAAUUACAGCUCCAAAGCCAAGUGGGUCUGGAAAUACAGUGGUGUUGAUAGGUAAACUGAACAGUGUGAAAGUCACACCUAAGGCUGAUGAACAGGAAACAAAACCAAAAAUACCUAAACCCCCCAAGCCUGGAACAGUUAGGAAGUCCUUGCAAGAGACAUAUGGGGAACUACAAAGAAAGACAUUGGCGGAGAUAGAAGAUAUGAAACGUAAAAUGGAGUUGGUUGAUCUUGGUAUUCCUUUAGGUUUGAUAUGUCCUACACCAACGAGUGAAACUGCAAUGCCUACUAAGGCGAUGCCUCCAAUUAAGUCUUUCAUAGACCCCGCCAAAGUUGACGAAAUCAUUCGUGAAGCCAAAAAGGCGAAAAUAGAAGGCAGAGAAUUUAAGUUUGACUAUCACAAACUCCUGCCUAGCUACGACAAUCCAUUUCAGCGUAGGAAAGAAGAAGAUAAGGAAAGAGCGCCAAAAGAAGAGCGCAAGGGUGAAGGCAAAGACUAUCGUAAGAGCGACAAAUACAGCUAUAAACGUUACUCUGAUUACAAGUCGAGGGAGGAUAAGUAUCACAGGGAAAAAGAAAAGAGUAGAGAUAGAGAUAGAACUAAAGAUAGAGAAAAAGAAAAAAAAUCAAAGGGCUCAAAUGAAAAAUCGGGACAGGAAAAAGAAACCAACGUAAACUUAAACGAUUACUUGGUAUGUGACAGUUGGUCAUUAGAUAAUGAUGAUAAAAUGUGUUUGGCUAGCCCAAGAGUCGACGACAAGGAAGAUCCACAAAGCUCAUCAGUCCAGAUGGCCCCUUUAAAAUAUCCGACUGAAAUAAAAUCCAGAAGUAUAGAAAUAAAGAAUGAAAUAUUGAAGAAAGUCAAGUCGGAUAAGGAAGUUAAGGCCAAGAAAUUACAACCUGUGAUGGACUCAUUUAAAUAUGAAAUAGAUGAUAAUGAUGACGCAUUAGAUAUGUUUGACGAUGAUUUGAAUUACUCAAAAGUAAAAACAAGAAAAUUGGCUUCUUACAACUCGCCGGUUACAAAAAUACUCGAGGUAGAUGAUAGUGUUUCAAGAGAUAAUUCCUUCGAAGGUGUUAAUGACGACACAUUCUUAGAAUCUGUCAUAAAUGAGAUUAAGGGUGAAGCCAUGAGUGAUGACGAAAGUCAAGAUAAAGGACUUGUAGAAUAUGAAAUAUCACCGCUUAAAGAUGAUGAUGAUAGCUCGAGAAAAUCAGCGACCCCUGAAAUGAAAUCUCGGAGCGAAGACUACUCAGAUGGCUACAGAUCAAGUGAGAGUGGAUAUAAAACGAGUGAUACCAUUGAGAGUGGGUACAAAUCUAGUUCUAACUUUAGGUUGUCCAUUGAAAAGGAAUUAGACGAUGCUUUGAAUGCUAGUAAGAUGUCCAAAGCCACGCUUGAUUCACUCGAAACAUGGACGUUUGUUUUAAAGAUAUGUCAGCCGUUACUUUUCAGGCAUGACAAGAACAGGUGUUAUAUGGAGACCAGAACUCAACCUAAGCUGUGGUAUACCAUAAGCCCGAAACAUUGUCCCUGUGUGAAGGACCGCAGUGUGGUGUAUGAGGAGUUGGAGACGUGCAAGAUGAGCCUCGUGGACAGAGUGUAUGGCUGUGACCAGAUAGCAGAGGAGGCGUCACCGAAGUGCCGCAACUGGUAUCCGCCUCGCAAGUUGUGUCUGUCGGAGAACAGCCUGGUGCAGACGUCCAUCGAGUGGGAGGCAGACGACAGUCAGCAGUGGGAAGAUCGGCCGCCACCUCCUGAAGUGACGCUCGACAGGGAGUACCAGAAAUUCAUGGAAGCUGUUUGGCCUGAGGCAAUGGACACAAAGAAGGAAUCGUCUAGAAGUACAACGCCGGUGAAGGAGAACAGGAAGAAGAAGAAGACCGAAGGUGAUGAGAAAGAGAAGAAGAAUAAGAAGAUGAAGCUGAGCAGCGAAGGCUGGAGCCAGGAGUCAGAGCCUGAGGAAGUUGAGAAGAGUAAAAAAGAGAAGCAGAAAGAAAAGAAACCAAGGAAGAGGAAGCCUUCAACGUCGCUGUCGUCGUCCUCUUCGAGCUCUGAAGAUGACGCUAGAAAAAAGAAGGCGCUCAAGAAAAAGGCCAUGAAAAAAGUAAAAUCAAAAUCAGCAAAGCGCCGACGUAUGGGUAAGAAAAUGCUGAAGAAACUGAAGGAAAAAAAGAAGAAAAAGAAGAGAGCAAGAGAAGUGUCAGAAGAUGAAUCAGACAGUGAUAGAAUAGCAAAAAAAUCUAAGAAAAAGUUGCUAGAGAAGUCUAAAAAGAAAGGGAAGAAGAAAGCAAAAGUGGAAUCUAGCAGUUCAGAUACUAGCAGUAGUUCUGACUCAGAUGACAAGAGAACCAAGAAAGCGAAAAAGAAGCAAGAAUCGAGGAAGAAGAGAAGGAAGUCGUCGUCGGAAAGCGAAGAGUUAUUCGACGUCAAUAUAUUGAAGAAUAUAAAGACGGAGCGAAUUACGGACGACGAAGCCAAUAAUCUUUUAGAGUUUUCCCCGCGGCGACAGAAGCCGAGAGAAAUCAUUAACGUGAAGGAAUUACAAAAUGAUUUCGUAGGGUAUAAUAUUCACAUAAAGACGGAAGAGAAAGAGAGAGAAUGUGUUGUUGAAGAAAUUGAAGAAAGGGAGCGACCGCAUGAAGUAUUGGAGAAAAGAAAGACUGGCGACAUAGAUCGAGUGGACGAGAGUAAGAAGACGGUUGAAGAUACGAAGAUUAGGGCCACAGAAGUAACAAUGGAUGACACCUCACAGUGUUCCCAGGACUCUGUCUUCAGUGUUAAGGAGGGGUCGGUAUGCAGUAGCUUUGAGCAGGGUGAACGAGGUGCCUCACUUCCAGUUCCAGUCACAGCAGAACCUGUUGCUAUCACAACGUCAAAACCCCAUGCUUAUACAGCCGAGCCAACUAAAGUAACCAGCUCGCCAAUUGAAGCUACAUCGAAGACAAAGCCAAGUUUGAAAGAAAAUGAACUUCGUGUAUCCCCAGUGACGGUUGAGCAUGUACACGAUCCCGGCAGAAAAUCGAGUGGAUCUAUCGUGACACCAAAACUAAGUCCGGUCAUUAUCACAGAUCCUGCAAUGAUACCCAUACCACCAGAUGCUCCAGUUGCAAUAAAAGCAGAUCGGGCUGAAGAUAUUAAAAAAAAUACCGUUACAGCAACAAUCAAACCAGUCGAACCUCCAUCUAUGUUAAACUUUAGCACGGUUGUGACAAUACCUAGUACAGAAAUGACAAAACAAGCCGAGGCCAUACCAAGAAUUGUUCCAUCUGGUGCUAAAGCUAUUACAUCUCUAGUAGCUACGAACACGAGGCGCACACUCCCGGAGUCUACUGAGGCCACAGACGAGUGCGAGUACUGGGCAGACAACUAUGACAUGUGUGAACAGAUGGCCAUGGAGUACCAGAGCGACGUGGCUGACAGGUUGCAGUUGUCAGGCGGGGCUGCGGAGAGCGGAGGCGGCGAGGCGGUGUCCCGCAUCGAGACGGUGGUGCGUGCUCGCUGCGGGGAGAUCAAGUGUGACUGGCGGGCAGACACCGCGCCCGCCGCGUGCGCACCGCACCGGCCCUCCCGCUGGGGUUUGAAGCCGGGUCAGGUGAACAUCGUGCUGACAGGCGGCGAGCAGUUCCCGGCCGACAAGCAGCCCGUCUACCGCAUCCAGAGCCUCGCCAACCGCUCCGACAACGCCAUCGGGUACGAUGAGGCGUAUAUGGACACGUACGGCGCUUCCGACCGCCUACAGUACGGGUGCUUCGCCCUCGACACGGCCUCCCCUCCCGCAGAGCACCACGCGGAGCCUCCCUCAGCCGCGGAGCCCGUGCCCGUACCGCCUCCUCCCCCGAGCACUCAGGAGGCGGGGCCGAGGAUCAGCUCGCUCGACACGAGGAUUGAUAAGGCGCUCCGAGAGACUCUCCUGGGCGAGGUGACCAAAGAGUUGGAGACGGAGGCUGACAAAGACACGCCGGAAAAGGGCAUCCUAGUAUAUGAGCCGCGAGCCGUUUACAAGCGAGUCAGCUUCGCGGACGGGUACAAGCCGGGUCAGGACUCCGACACUGAGCAGCCGCCGCUCAAGAAGCGCAAGCGGUCCCGACGCGGCUGUUCGUGGCCGUGUCCCGCGUCUCACCCCGACCACGUGCCGCUGUGGGACGCGCUCCCGCCGCCGCUGCCGCCGCCAGGGGACCCGCCCACCACGCCUCACAUGCCUUUCUACAAACCUGGUGCAGGCAUUCUCGUGUAGCUAGGGGGUGGGAUUCGCGCCGCCCCGGCCUCCUCCGGGAGUUGAUGGCGCUGCGCAAGACCACCAUCUAAAUAUUUAGUGAUCAAAAUACACGUCUCCUCCUCCUCGCCUCGUUUUCCUUUUUACUGAGGUCGUGCCUCCCCCGCUGCAUCAGUUUCUCUCGUAUGAUUCCCCUCCAUCUGCUGCGAUCCUUAGCCUUAUGAAAAUACACGUCUACGAUUGCUCUAAAAAUACCUUUAUAGAAAAGAAACGCUUUUUAAAAAGGAUUCCAUUUCUCUAGGAUUGCAAACCCAAUUUGGCUUAGUUUUUUUUUUAUAAUAAGAUAAGGAAAAGUUAAUCUUUGAUGUUAUUUCAUGGCAACAGGUUUUUAUUUUUACUCUAUGAAGUAGCAUAAGUUUACCGAGAAAAUAAGUAUUAUAAGAUUGAGAAAUUAAACUUUAUUUAUAUCAAUACAGUAUUUUUCAAUUACAGUUCUUUCAAUUAAAGAAUAUUUAAUAGUAUCAUUUUAAAUAUUUUAUAAAAAUUAUACACAACCUGAGUCACUCAUAAAAAUUAAAUAAAUAUACCAUAGAUUGCAGUAAUGACAUAAUAUCGAAUUCAACAAUAAUUAUUAUAUCUUAUUAAAUGUACCUAUGACUCAAUAACUUUAAAAAUUGUAAAUAUAAUAAGUAUUUUUCUAUAAGUAAAAUUAAUUAAAUACAUUACUUCA